AUGUUUAAUUCCAAUUCAUAUACUUCCGCCUUUAUUCUUGUCCUUCUCACUCUCCUCGUUUUUCCUAUUUCUUCCGAUUCUCAAACCGUCUCUCCAGCUCCGGGAUCACGGAACAACCAUUGUGCAUUCGCCUAUCAGAACCGCUUUUACGUAUAUGGCGGCGUGGGCAACGAUCUCACCAAUUCCUUCUUCAGUUAUAUAGAGACGCCUUUCAGCACAGACAAACCCAACUGGGUCGCUAUGCCUGUAGCUGGCGCAGCAAACGUCAGUCGACCAGCAUGUUCCGUCACGUCGGAUGGUAUUUUGUACACGACAGGCGGAGCAUACUCAAACGAGCUCAAAUUCACCGGAAUCCAAGCAUUUGAUUUGAAUAAAGGCACUUCGGGCUCUUGGUAUACGCCAAAGACUACGGGAUUGGAUACAGUCAAAAAUUUGUUGUAUCGAGAUAGUCAUAGGUCUAUUGUCGUGAAAACCUCACUGGGCGAUGAAUUUAUGUUCAUCUUUGGGGGGGAACAGUCAAACGAUACCUACAUAUUAAAUGCAAAGAAUUUGACUUGGGAGACUGUUCCUAAAGGGCCUGACACUCCACCGUACAAUGGCCUCUUCUGUAUUACUUCUGCCAAAGAUAACGUCUAUAUCCUUGGCGGUACAUCAAUGCUCACAGGCACUAAUUAUGGAGACUUUUACAGCGACGUAUGGGCAUUCAACAUUCCAACCAGGAAAUGGUUUAAUCCGCAAAUUUCCAUGCCUACUGUAUACUUAGAUGGACAUGCAGGGAAACUUAACGAUACGAUUUACAUUGUUUCAAGUGAUUCGUCAUCGGAAAAAUCAUCAAUGAGGGUGUGGAGUUUGGUCGAUAGUAGAAUGACAACUUUUGACAGUGGCCCGAUGUCCACUGUCGGACAUGACUACUACGCUGCUGCACAGUUGCCCGGAAGUGACGUUUUGAUUACUUAUGGCGGGUUUUCAAAAGCCAGUGGUAGUGUCGCAACCUCUGACUUGGCCGCAUUCAAUAUGACUCAAAAAACUUGGGUUACUCUAGUCAACACAGUAAAUAACAUACCUACCGAUCAGUUCGCUGGUGGACCUCUUGCACCUGGUCAAGAAGAUCCAUUCACAAAAUCAAAAACUUCAAAUGGUGGUAAUGGUGCUGGUUCAGGAAAUAAUGGGGCCGGUGGUGAUUCAGGAACAUCUUCAGCUGGUGGGACGGGAAAGGUUAUUGGGUUAAUUGCUGGAAUUGUAGCAGCAGUGGGUCUUGUGGGUACAGGUUCGGGCGUGCUAUUGUAUAGAUGGAUAAAAAAUAAGAAAAAGGAUGACGACGAACAGCUGACAGAAGUGAAACCUAAUGCGGCUUUUGGAAGUAGCUUUGAAACUGGCUCCCAAAGUGACAGUUCACAGAUUUAUCGACCACCCAAAUUUGAAGCGUCUGGUUUUCAGAGUGAGCCUUAUUUGGUUCCGUCCGCCACAACUUCAGUAUCCUCUUUCCAACCACCCACAGCGUCAAAUCAUACGAUAAAUGUGAACUCUGCCACCUCUUCUCCGUCAACACUUGUGAAUGAGAUCUAUGCUCGAUAUAAAGUGACUACCAUCCCAUUCACAUCUAUAUCUGCCUCUUCAAUUUCUCCAUCAGCUCCUGCGGGCACACUUAUAUUCAACAGGUACAGACUCAACGGGGCUCCAGCAUAUGGUGGCAAUAACUCUGUUCGUCGUGCCGAGGAUGAGACUGUGAGUCAAAGUGUAGCAAUAAAGUUCUUUUCAAACUAUGCUUCAUUCGAGCGCGAGGUUAUUAUGUUGAAGUACCUUCGAUCGAAAUCUGUUGGCGAAUUUCGCGACCUGUUUGAUAUUUCCAAUGCUGCCAAAUGGAAAUAUGUUAUGAUUAUGGACUAUUACCCUAUGAGCUUGGAUAAAUUUAUCGUUAGUAGGACGGAUACCAUGGAUGCAUUAUACGUGAAGAUGGUAGUCAAGUCAUUAGCACAAGCAAUCCAUUAUGUUCAUAGUCAUGGGAUAGUGCAUCUGGAUAUUAAGCCAGGAAACUUUGUACAUGAGAAUGGAGAUGUGACAAAGUGGAGAUUGAUCGAUUUUGAGGCAGCGAGAGUCAAUGGAGAAGAAGAUGUUGAUAAUUGCACGUUAAGAUAUUCAGCGCCCGAAGUAAUCAAUGCGGCUAUAUCGCGCGUUGGCAUUAAAGCUGAUAUGUCGAUGGAUAUAUGGUCGUUUGGAUGUACGGUAUACGAAUUGUAUACUAGACGUCCCCUCUUCUCCGACGAACAAGAGGCUACCGUUAGACUAUUAGAAGCAUAUAAUACAGGACGUUUUGAUUUGCUUGUUAAUAGGGUAGCCGAUCCUCAAGCAAAACAUGUGCUUCAGAAAUUGUUAGCCAUUAAUCCAAUGAAGAGAGUUUCUGUUGAUGAAAUUUUAAGAGGGGCAUACUUGACUGGCGGGGCUGAUACUGCUCAGAUAUCCAAUAUGCAAUCAGUAUCCACUGAGAGAAUUAUCAAUACCAUAAAUCAGAAUACGAAUGUUGUUCUUUCUAACAUGCAAGAAGCCACUAAUAUGAUACUAUCGCAAUUUGAUGUGAUUGUGAAUAGUAUUUCUGAUACUAGAGAUGCGGCUAUACCUCGAUUGUUCAUGUUAUUGCCAGGAAAAGAGCCUCACUCAAUGUUUAAACCACAUACUUGGGGAAGGAAUACCUUCAUAAUCCACGUUCUUUGUGAGGGCCUUACGUCUGAUAAUAGUGAGGCCCAUUUCACAGAUCAUCCUGGCUACAAGAUAUUUGAUCCAAAGCCAUUUAUUGCCAAGACCGGCCCAUACCUAUCUAUAUUGGCCACUGUCAUAGGCUCGGCCCUCGGUUUCUUUACAAAGAUGCAAGUUCCGGAUACAGUAACGAGCACAAUUACUAGCAUGUCAUCUCGGCCUACAGAAUAUUUCAAACAAAUAACCGAGAUUAUAGACCAAACAGAAACAGACGGUGAUAUUGCAAGAGGUCUAGCAGCAGCACAGAAUGAUCCAGUAAGUAGGAUGAAAUGUGCACAAGGCCCCGCAUUGCGUGAAUUUGAGGCGUUCUUGGCUGCUAAUGAUCCUUCGCACGAAUUCGGUGGGCUAUAUCGCAUUACUAUGAGCGAUGGACGAUGGAGAUGGGUUUGUGAUAGUUGCAGAGAAAGGGCCUAUCAUUCACAUGAAAAUUACGAAGAAGAGAAUCUGUGGGUGGCAAUGUAG